AUGGAACUCUCAAAGGUUGCCCUGAUGUUGUAUGCUGUUGAAAAUGGUAAAGUCAAUGAGUGGAAGGGAAGGCAGAUGAAGGACAUAGUAGUAGAAGAUUUACCUCUUCCAAUUGAAGACGAAGAUGGCCAUCAAGAAGAGUCCAUGUCAACUGCUGACAGUGAAGAGCCAGGCAGUCUGACCCAUGAUAGGAGGGAGCCAAGUGAAGAGCCAGCCAGUCUGACCCAUGAUAGGAGGGAGCCAAGUGAAGAGCCAGCCAGUCUGACCCAUGAGUCCAUGUCAACUGCUGCCAGUGAAGAGCCAGCCAGUCUGACCCAUGAUGAAAUGAGGCAGCCAAAUCCUCAAGGGACAGGGACAAGAAAAGGAAUGAAACGAAAGUGGGCCAGCGAAGAGAACAUAUGUUUCAUGAACUUUUUUAGAGAUGAAUUAAGAGAAAAAAUAAUGCCAUCUGGCUCAAAAAUAAUGGGGUCCCUAAAAAUACUUACCGGAAGAACAGUGGCCCAGAUAAGGGCAAGGGUCCAUAACAUUAUUAUGAAAAAACAAAAAUGGAAAAAGAAUUGUUGAACUGUGGAAUAUGUUUAUGCCCCUGGUAGGGUGGCAUAUAGCAGUUGAACUGUCCGUCAGUCAGUCAGUCUGUCCAUCUGGCCGAAAACUUAUAUGGCCAUAACUUUUUCAAUAUUGAACAUAGCAACUUGAUAUUUAUACCCCUAUUACAAUUGGUAAUGGGGGCUAUAUAGGAGUCACGUUUGUCGGUCUGUCCCGAUAUUUCAUCCGAUCUUCACCAAACUUGGUCAGUAGUUGUAUGUAGAUAAUGUCUAGGUCAGUUUGAAUAUGGGUCAUGCCAGGUCAAAAACUAGGUCAUGGGGUCACUUAGUAUGUUUUAAACUGUAAGUUUGUACGGACCAUAGCUAUGUCAUUUAUUGUUACAUUUUUAAAUGACUCGGUACAUUUGUUCACCAUCAUGGAACGGUGUGUCGCGUUAAAAAAAAUUACGUCAAUAUCUCAAAGGUCAAGGUCACACUUGGGAGUUCAAAGGUCAAAUGCUUGUCCGGGCCAUAGCUUUGUUUUUUAUUGUGAGAUUUUAAAAUCAUUUGGCACAUUUGUUCACCAUCAUUGAACAGUGUGUCGGGCGAAAGAAUUACGUCGAUAUUUCCAAGAACAAGGGCACAAUUUGAGUUUAAAGGUAAAAAAUGGCCAUAAUUGAGCUUGUCUGGGCAAUAACUAUGUUGUUUAUUGUGCGAUUUUAAAAUCGUUGGCUCUUUUGUUCACCAUCAUUUGACGGUGUGUCGCGCGAAAGAAUUAUGUCGAUAUCUCCAAGGUCAAGUUCGUAGUUUUAGUUCAAAGGUCAAAAAUGGCAAUAAAUUAUCUUGUCUGGGCCAUAAAUAUGUCAUUCAUUGUAAGAUUUUAAAAUGACUGUACAUCAAUUUUGUUCAAAGUCAUUGGAAGGCUUGUCAUGUGAAAGAAUUCAAGAGUUCAAAGGUCAAAAUGGCUAUAAAUGAUAAUGGCAUAAUGAUUCUUAAAAAAUCGCCAUAAAUUGUAUUAUCUUGUUUUGUGAAGACAGCAUACAAAAUAAUCAAUCAAUCAAUGCGGUAUGUGGGGGUAACAGACAAAGCUCCAGUUGGCAUGCAUGUGCAUCUUGUGAAGCUGCACAUAUUGAGUGGUGAAAAGUGAAGGUCAAGGUAAUUCUUCAAGGUUAAAUGUUAAAUAUAUUGCUUUUGUCCGUCCGUCUGAAAACUUUAAAAUUGUGCCAUAACUUUUGAGCUCACCUGAGUGCAACAUGCUCAUGGUGAGCUUUUGUGAUUGCCUUUUGUGCGUUGUAUGUCGUCAACAUUUUGCCUUGUGAACACUCUAGAUUCCACAUUUAUUGUCUGAUCUUCAUGAAAUUUUGCAGAACAUUUGUCACAUUGAUACCUCGACUGAGUUCGAAACUGGGUCAUGCUGGGUCAAAAAUUAGGUCACUAGGUAAAAAAAACAACAAAAAAACUUGUGAACACUGUACAAGUCCAAUCUUCAUGUAACUUUGUCAAAAUGUUUGUCUAAAUGAUAUUUUGGUUGAGUUAAAAAUUGGUUCCGGUCCGUUGAAAAACAUGGCCGCCAGGGGCGGGGCAGUAAAAAAAUUUCCUUAUAUGGCUAUAGAGAAACCUUGUGAACACUUUAGAAGUCAAAAUGUUUGCCUUAUCAUCAUGAAACUUAAUCAAAACAUUGGUUUUAUUUAUAUUUUGGACGAGUUCGAAAAUGGUCCAGAUCAGUGAAAAAACAUGGCCGCCAAGGGGCGGGGGAGUUUUUCUUAUAUGUCUUUAGUUAAACAUUGCUAACACUCUAGAGGCCACAUUUAUUGUCCAUUCUUCAUGAAAUUUGGUCAGAAGUUUGGUCUCAAUGAUAUCUUAGACGAGCUGAAAAUGGUUACGUUUGCUUGAAAAACAUGGCUGCCAAAGGGCGGGGCAUUUUUCCUUAUAUGGCUAUAGUAAAACGUUGUGAACACUCUAGAGGCCACAUUUAUUGUCCAAUCUUCAUGAAAUUUGGUCAGAAUAUUUGUCUCAUUAAUAUCUUGGAUGGGUUUGAAAAUUAUUAUGUUUGCUUGAAAAACAUGGCUGCCAUGGGGCGGGGCAUUUUUCCUUAUAAAAAUGGCUAUUGUAAAAUCUUGUUAACACUCUUGAGGCCACAUUUAUUUUCCGAUCUUCAUGAAACUUGGUCAGAAUAUUCAUCCCAAAAAAUAUCGUGGACAAGUUAAAAAAUGAUGCUGGUUGGUUGAAAAACAUGUCCGCCAGGGGGUGGGGCAUUUUACCUUAUAUGGCUAUAGUAAAACUUUGUUAACACUCUAGAGGCCACAUUUAUUUUCUUAUCUUCAUGAAACUUGGUCAGAAGAUUUGUCCUAAUGAUAUCUUGGAUUAGUUCAAAAAUAGUUUUGUUUGCUUAAAAAACAUGGCCACCAGGGGGCGGGGCAUUUUUCCUAAUAUGGUUAUGUAUCAUGCUUUACUAAAACAUUGUUAACACUCUGUAGGCCACAUUUAUUUUCCGAUUAUUAUGAAACUUGGUCAGAUGAUUUGUCCUAAUGAUAUCUUGGAUGAGUUCAAAAAUGGUUCUAGUUGGUGGAAAAACAUGGCCGCUAAGGGGGCGUGUCAUUUUUCCUUAUAUGGCUAAAGUAAAACCCUGUUAAAACUCUAGAAGCCAUAUUUAUUGUACGAUCAUCAUGACACUUUGUCAGAAGAUUUGUCCCAAUGAUAUUUGGACAAGUUUGAAAUUGGUU